AUGGCAGCAUCACAACCCCUCUUCUCGCCGGACCUGAUAUCUCCAGCCGUAUCCAGCUCCCUCCCAUCGCCAUACAAAGUCCGCCCCUUGGAGCGAGGCGACUAUGGGAAGGGCUUCUUAGACUGCUUGCGGGUCUUAACUCACAUUGGAGAUAUCUCGGAAAAGCAAUUUAUUGAGCGGUAUGAGUUCAUGGCUACGCAGGGCAAAGGAACUUAUUACUUUGUGGUUAUUGAUGAUGGGACUCGGAUUGUGGGAACCGGAGCAUUAAUCGUAGAGAAGAAAUUCAUCCAUGACUUCGGGACUAUCGGUCACAUCGAAGAAAUUUCCGUCUUGAAAGAUCAGCAAGGCAAGAGUUUAGGGAAGAAAGUGAUCGAAACCCUCAACGACGUGGCCGUUAAUGUCGGUUGCUACAAGACAAUUCUGAAUUGUAGCGAGGAGAAUGAGAAAUUUUACGCAAAGUGCGGGUACUCGAGGGGAUCGCUCGAGAUGACGAAUUAUUUUGAGGUAGAGAAAAGCUCUUAUUAUCGCGGUUAG